AUGAUGAUGUUUGAAGACUUGGGAUUCUGUAGCGACAUCGAUUUCUUCUCCUCCGCGCAUCACACGGGCGGCGCCGCCGCCUCCUCCACCGCGGAAGAUCUGGUCGCCCCACAAGCCGACCCAGAUCCGAACGCGGACGACGACCUGAGCGACGACGAGAUCGACGUGGACGAGCUGGAGCGCCGCAUGUGGAGGGACAAGAUGCGCCUGAAAAAGCUGCGGGAACAGAGCAAGACCAAAGAAGGAGUCGACGUGGCCAAGCAGAGGCAGUCCCAGGAGCAAGCUCGCCGGAAAAAAAUGUCCAGAGCUCAAGACGGGAUCCUCAAGUACAUGCUGAAGAUGAUGGAGGUCUGCAAAGCCCAGGGGUUCGUCUACGGAAUCAUCCCGGAGAAGGGCAAGCCGGUCACCGGAGCAUCGGACAAUUUGAGGGAAUGGUGGAAAGAUAAGGUCCGAUUUGACCGAAAUGGGCCGGCGGCGAUUGCCAAAUACCAGGCCGACAACUCCAUCACCGGAAGGAACGACGGGCCGGAUUCCAUGGGCCCAACUCCCCACACUCUGCAGGAGCUGCAGGACACCACUCUGGGCUCUCUGCUCUCCGCCCUUAUGCAGCACUGCGAUCCACCUCAGCGGCGGUUCCCGCUGGAGAAGGGCGUCCCGCCGCCGUGGUGGCCGAACGGAAGUGAGGAAUGGUGGCCGCAAUUGGGGCUUCCCAAGGAGCAAGGCUCGUCGUCGUCUCCGCCGUACAAGAAGCCUCACGAUUUGAAGAAGGCGUGGAAGGUCGGUGUUCUCACGGCCGUGAUCAAGCACAUGUUCCCCGACAUCAACAAGAUCAGGAAGCUCGUCCGACAGUCCAAGUGCCUGCAGGACAAGAUGACGGCGAAGGAGAGCGCGACGUGGCUGGCCAUCAUCAACCAGGAGGAGAAGCUGGCUCGGGAGCUCUACCCGAACUUCUGCCCGCCGUUGGAGGGUGGGAGUGGCGGCGGCUCCCUGGUGAUCAAUGACUGCAAUGAGUAUGAUGUGGAAGGCGGGGACGAUGAGUCGAGCUUCGAUGUUCGCGAGAUCAAGCCUCCGGCGAUGGCUGGCUUUGGAAUUGGCGGUUUCUCGGGGAUCAAGGGCGAGGUUGUUACCGGCAGCAAUGUCUUGAAGAGGAAGCAACCUGGAAUUGGUGAGAUGGGUAACAUGAUGAUGGAUCAGAAGCUGUACACUUGCGAGUUCGUGCAGUGUCCUUACAGCCAGGUGAGGCUGGGAUUCUGUGAUCGGAUCUCAAGGGACAACCAUCAGCUGGCUUGCCCUUACAAGCUCGGUUACACCAGCUCGAACUUCCAUGUCGACGAGGUCAAACCGGUGAUCUUCCCUCAGCAGCAGCCGCAGCCCAAACCGAUCCUGUCUCCUGCUGUGACCUCGGUGUCUACUGCAGCAGCCCCAAUCGACCUGACCGGGGUUCCUGAAGAUGGGCACAAGCUGAUCAGCGACCUCAUGUCGAACUACGACACCAGCGACUGCAGCAGAACCACCACCACAACUAGCUCGGCGAACAGCGUCGUGACCAUCAGCAGUCUGUUCCAGCACCAGCAGCAGCAGCAGAAAAUCCAUCAUCAGCCAGCUGAGAAUUACUUCCACCAGAACAUGUUCGUCGAAUCGAACUUCCAAAACAACAGCAUCAGCAGCAACAGCAACAACAACCAUCAGCAAUCCAUCUUCACACCAAACAACAGCAUCAGCAACAAUAACAACAACAACAACCAUCAGCAAUCCAUCUUCACACCGGAGACCAGCAGUCAGUUCCUCGACCGGUUCAAGCCAGUCAGCUCUCCAUUCGACACCAACCUUGCCAGCUUCGAACAAGUCCAAUCCACCAACAUGGGCAUCAGCAGCAACAACCACAACAUCAACAACAACAACAACAACUUCAACCUGAUGUUUGCUUCGCCAUUCGACAUCGAUCUACAAGGUCUGGGAGUGGACAAUCAUCAGCUGCCUCGGCAGCAGGACGUGUCGUCGAUCUGGUUCCAGUGA